GAAGAUUGCUCAAAAGCAUCUUUCUUGCCCCAUCAUCGACUGCCGGGCUCCUUCUGCCCUUAUCAGUUACCUUUGUAAGGCUUUGGCUACAGCUUGUGCUCGACUGACAUCCGGUCCUCUUGAGGAGGAAGUCAUGUCUACUGAUGCACCGUGACGCUCUGAAAGUGUUGACUAAACUGAGUGUGACCAGCAAACUGCAACGAGACAUUUUCCAUUUACCCAACUACAGCUAAACCAACUGUUUGAAUUGUUUGCUCGUCUAGUUCAAGUUCAAGUGUUCUAGCUGAGCAGAACUGAACAAGUCAAGAUGUCUUGCCUCAAGUGUUUGAAGUAUACGAUGUGCUUUGCCAACUUCUUAUUCUUUGUUUGUGGGGCAGCGUUGUUUGGCUUUGGGAUAUUCAUGAUGACGCAGGCCAAGUUUUCCUCAAUGCUCCCCUCCCUGCCGUUCAUGAGCGUCACCAACAUCCUCUUCAUCACGGGCAUCAUCAUCACCUGCGUGUCCUUCCUGGGCUUCCUGGGCGCCUACAAGGAGAACCGCUGCCUCCUCAUCACGUUUUUCAUCUUGUUAUUCAUUGUGAUGCUGAUAGAGCUGGCUGGAGCCUGCAUCCUCCUGGUCUAUGAAAGAGAUAUUGAUAGACUGAUCGAGAAGGACCUCAGGCAAAGCUUGAGCGAAGCCAGAGGGGCUGACAAUACAACGGUUUCACCUAUUGCUUCUGAGUGGUACACCUUCCAGCGCACAUUUGAGUGCUGUGGAGUAAAAAAUGUGACAGACUGGAUGCCUCCCGUCCCAGCCUCCUGCUGCGUAAAGGACGCCUGCAAAGACUCCAACGACUACUGGAAAGAGGGUUGCUACAGUAAGAUGAAGAACUGGUUUGAAGACAACCUGCUCAACACUGGUAUUGGUGUGAUUGUGGUCUGCAGUAUCGAGGUCUUGGGCAUGUGCUUCUCAAUGACUUUGUUCUGCCACAUAAGUCGUUCUGGACUGGGGUAUAAAAUCUGAAGACUUGGUCAACAUGGAUGAGAUCACCUGCCUGCAGUCUACAAGUCACGAAAAAGGGGUUGUGCUAAUUUAGAAUUAAAUUUGGGUUUUGGGCCAAAAUUCUGUUGAAAUGCAAUCACUGGCUAAUCAGCACCAUUUUCCUGAAAUCCCUGAAACAGGCUUUGCCCACCAUAUUUGGUUUGGUGGAUUUUCCACUUUUAUACCAGUACCUAUUCAGCCUGUAACGUGUGCUACAUGUUUGUUUGUCAACACUGAGUACAUAACUGAUGGUUAUGGCCUGUAGGUUAUUUGACUGCUUUCUGCUAGUUUAUCUUCAGGACAACAAGAUUCAUUUAGAAUCACCAAGUUGUGUGGUGUCAACAGCUUUGACAAUUAUGACGAUUUUGAUUAUAUCAACAAAAUAACAGUGUUUUUCUAUGUUAAAUUUUCAGUAGGUAUUCAGAGACGGUUUAUUAAGCUCAAUGUUGGAAAAAUCACCUGUACAUAAAGAACACUGAUUUUUGCCAUAAAUCGUCCAUAAUUCCAUAGUGAGUUUCCUCAGUAAAGCCCACAACAUUGUAUAGGCUAAAGCAAAUUGAUGUCAAGUGUAAACUGUUUGCUCAUAGAUGAACUGUAGUCCCUUGUAGACCUCUUCCAGAUAAGUUUACAAGAGCAAAAUAGAAACAAGAAUUGAGAGACAAGUGGCCCACUUCCAGAUGUACUACUGGAAUGCUAAUUCUGUACAUUUCAUCUGCCUUAGUCAUUGCAUCAACCUCUACAGGCAUCUUCCUGGUAAUGCUGUUAUUAUGGCUAUAAGACCUUCAACCUCACUACUUUGUUAGAUUAAAAUAAACAUCUUUUGCCUCAAAAAA